CAUCCCUCCCGUUCCAGUACAGCAGCUGAUCGCAAAUGCCGUGGAAGGCAAGAUCUGCACUAAUAGUACCCCUGGAACACAGAUGAGAAGACGACGACAGACGGAACACAUAUCUUUGCUGUCGUUUCAUGUGUUUUCGCUCACGUACAUUUUUUGCGUUUUUCGGAAAGAAUCACAAGUGGUGGGUUUAAAUCCGGGGGAGUCGUCCUGUUUUUUAAACCAGGAAUUCUGAAUGGAAGCAGAGGGAGCGGCUAGCCUGUCUGAGGUCGGAGAUGGCAGUCCGUUAUCUGGGGCCGCAGCAUCCGAUGAGACUGAAACAGUCAUUGGUGUCGGUUAUGGGAUGGAGGCAGGCGACAUAGAUGCUGCUGCCAGAAAGGCCUUCAUCACAGAGAUGCCCUCAUCAUCAGGUCUGCCAGGCUAUGGCCAGGGGAAGAAGAUUGGCCACAGGGGUGUGGACGCGUCCGGCGAGACCACAUACAAGAAGACCACCUCGUCAGCGCUGAAGGGGGCCAUUCAGCUGGGCAUCGGCUACACAGUGGGCAACCUGAGCUCCAAACCCGAGCGUGACGUGCUCAUGCAGGACUUCUACGUGGUCGAGAGCAUUUUCUUCCCCAGUGAAGGCAGCAAUCUGACUCCAGCCCACCACUACCCAGACUUCCGCUUUAAGACGUACGCCCCGGUGGCGUUCCGCUACUUCAGAGAGCUCUUUGGAAUCAGACCAGAUGACUACUUGUACUCGCUGUGCAACGAGCCGCUGAUCGAGCUGUCCAACCCCGGGGCCAGCGGAUCCGUCUUCUACGUCACUAAGGACGACGAGUUCAUCGUCAAGACUGUCCAGCACAAGGAGGCGGAGUUCCUGCAGAAGCUGCUGCCCGGCUACUACAUGAACCUAAACCAGAACCCUCGCACGCUGCUUCCCAAGUUCUACGGCCUUUACUGUGUGCAGUCGGGUGGCAAGAACAUCCGUGUGUGUGUCAUGAACAACAUCCUGCCCCGUGUGGUGUGCAUGCACCUCAAGUACGACCUGAAGGGCUCCACGUACAAGCGACGAGCCUCCAAGAAGGAACGGGAGAAGUCCAAGCCCACCUUCAAGGACCUGGACUUCAUGCAGGACCUCCAGGACGGCCUGAUGCUGGACACAGACACCUACAACGCCCUGGUGAAGACCCUACAGAGAGACUGCUUGGUGCUGGAGAGCUUUAAGAUCAUGGACUACAGCCUGCUGCUGGGGGUGCACAACCUGGACCAGGCCAAGCGGGAGCAGCAAGUGGAGGGCCCGCAGGCGGCCAGCGACGAGAAGAGGCCCCUGCCCCAGAAGGCCCUCUACUCCACCGCCAUGGAGUCCAUCCAGGGCGGGGCCGCCUGCGGAGAGGCCAUCGACACGGAGGACACGAUGGGUGGCAUUCCAGCUGUCAAUGGCAAAGGGGAGCGCUUGCUGCUCUACGUUGGAAUAAUUGACAUCCUGCAGUCUUACAGGCUGAUCAAGAAAUUGGAGCACACGUGGAAAGCUCUUGUUCACGACGGGGACACUGUGUCUGUCCACCGGCCUGGUUUCUAUGCAGAUCGCUUUUUCAAGUUCAUGAGCAACACAGUCUUCAGGAAGACCUCCUCCCUCAAGUGCUCACCCUCAAAGAGGGGUCGUGUGUCUUUGACGACGACGACGGUGCCCAAGUACGCAGGCCCCGGGGCGGCGUGGUCGGCCAGCCAGCUGCCCUCCGAGAGGGACGAGAACAUCUACGACCUACGAGGUGCCCGCAGUUUCCCCACAAUGGAUGAUGAAGGCCGGCCAGACCUCCUGCCCUGCACCCCGCCGUCGUUCGAAGAGGCCACCACGGCAUCUAUCGCCACCACCCUCUCCUCCACCACCUCUCUGUCCAUUCCAGAACGCUCCCCGUCGGACACCUCCGAGCACCCCCGCUACAGGAGACACACCCAGUCCCUGAGCCACGAGGGCAGGACUCAGGACGAGGACCAGCAGACCAUCACAGUGGAGGUGGAGGUAAAGAGGCACGACAGUGAGCCGACCAUCAGCGCCCCACAGCCCUCGCCAGAGACCAGUGAGGUGCCAGAGGCCUCUGCUGCUGCCGCCUCUGCCUCCCCCAUCCCUGCCAGUCCCAAGGUGAUGGUGGAGUCCGACCAGGCCAGCCAGACGUCCGGGUGUCCCAGCAGGGCUUCCAUAGACGAAGACGAGGACGUGCCAAUCACAGACAUCUACUUCCCGGAGGACAGGACCUGGGUGUACUCUCCGCUGCACUAUGGCGGCGAGCCAGAGAGCCUGGCCGAUGGGGAGGGGGAGAGCCAGACCUAAUGAGACUGCUGAUGAAGACUCGGCCGGGUUUUUUCCUCCCAGCCUACAGGAGGAGUCAUCUGUGUACAGACCCACCUGCGACGGCACCAGGACAAAUCUCACUCACACUCUUAGUGUCCGCCCCUGUGUCCAGUUUCUACGGGGUCACGGCCUACUCUGUGACUUAAAAUCAGAGGGGAAUUUUUUUAGUGUCCUCCUAUUUGUCUCCAUUUGUAAUGUAUGGAUUUCUAUGUAAUGGUUCCUCCCAUCAGCUGACACUCCACGUAUGUGUAUUUGACCCAUAUCACAGUGAAUGAUUUUUUUUUUUUGUACGAUUGAUUGUUUUUUCUUUAUUUGUGCACUUUUCAGAUAUUACUGUGAAGGUGAUGUGUGUUUCACUUUACAUGUAGGAAAGCUGAAAUCAAAGGUUGUUUUUAAGCCUGGGCCUUUUUCUACUUGAUGAAAAGCUAUUUACCUGAGGAGGUGGCAAAAUCCUACUGGGUAGGCACUAAACUAACAAUUUAGUACCACAUAUAGUUCUUCUGGUUUUCCUAGAGUUCCAUUAUGCAUUAUUUAACUAAAAUGUAAAAAAAAAAAAACAGUCUAGUUCUUAUGUAAACUAAAGUACACUAACUUUAAUCAUGUUUAGAGAGAAAAUCAGUCCUCAUCAGAUGUUACUUUGAAGAGUCUUCCAAGACAGCUAAUCUGACUAAAUUCCUCAUAGUGGCUUAAUUUCAAGAAUGUUAAUACAUUUGCUGGAACAAUAAUAUUAAUCAGUAGACAUGUCACAGUGAAGUUUUGUAUUCCUGAAUCAAUUAUGUGGGCUUUUGUUAUUUUAAGUAUUUUAACAGAUAAAGCUUCACUGUACAGAGAGAUGUAAUUCAGUUUGAGGAGGUGAUCGAACAUGUGCUCCUGCUGACGGGUCCAAGACCAGAUCAUUUUUUAAGGCCAAAUACCCCUAACAUAGUUUCCUAACAUGCUCCAUGUUUAGGGUGUGUGUGCCCCAUAUUCCUAGCUGCUUUCAGACAGCACUUUAUCAUGUUUUAUGUCUGAAAAAAAUGUCCAUACAAUCGUUUUGAAAGACCGAGAAGGCUUUUUUGCAUUAAUGGUCCUUAUCUAAUACGUAAUUUAAAGAUGUACAUUCACAUGGCCUUGAUGUAAAUUGUGUCUCUCCUCUUUGUUACAUUUAUUUAUUGUGCGUGUGUGUGAGUGCGUGCGUGUGAUUGAUUGGGUUUAAAUGAGUGUGUGUUUGCGUGCAGGAGGGAAUCUUGUCGAAGCAAUGUACAAUACAGAUCAUUGAUCAUGUGCAGUGGCCAGUCAAUUGCUGUUAAUACAUUAUAACAGGGGACAGUAGCAGCAAUAUAUUUGUCAAAAAAAAAGAUAAAAACAGUUCUGACAUAAAAUUUAAUUUUCAUUGCCUUAUGAUUGUUUCUUUAGACCUUUUGGUUUUGUGAUAUUGUAUUCAUUUGUCAUCUUUUUAUCCUAUUCCUUUAUAAUGGUUUUCCUGAGAAUGUGUACAUAGGUAUAUAAAUACAUAUAUAUAGAUAUAUAAAUAUAUUUUCCAUUUGGAUGGGAGAAUAUUAUUUUUAUUUGAUUUAUUUGAUUUUUAUUUUUUUGCAAGUUGCUUGCAAGAAAUGCUUUUGAUCUACAUUCUGGACUGUAAAAUAUAUUACCAGAUGUUAUGAGAUGCAGCUAUAUUUAUUGUGUGUACACAGGAGCUGUUUCUUUGUAUGGUGUUUCACAGAAGUUGACGGGAGAUUUAUAGUAGGUCUACAUGCAAAUGUAUCCAUAGCGUAUUCUUCCGACCGUUUAGCUGUAUUCGUGUAGCCUAUGUUCGGUCAAAUGCUGCGUGUCCUCUCUGAAGGGAAGUCGUUUGAAUAAAGAGACAUAGCAUGAUUUAAAAUGAAUAUAAUAUGCAUAUCAAAAUAUGAAUCUUUAGUGUAUGUGUAUAGAAACAUCCGUGUGUUUAUCAACAAAGAUGAAGUGUGGUGUGUGUUGAGUGUGUGUGUGAAGACUUUCAGAAUGGGAGUAAAUAAAGAAAAUAAAAAAGUUUGGUGUCUAA